GAUGUUCCAAUGAAGACCCUUUCGGAACAGUUGAAUGAUGUUCGGAUGGAUAGUGACGGUGUGGCUUCUUCAAACAUCCAUAGGCAUGGAAGACAAGCUCGGCAGGAGAGAACUGCUGAUGAACCAGAAGACGGUAUCCAGGGUUACUGUAGUGGAUUGAAUAGGGCAAAAAGACGGAAGUUUCGAGGUACAAGAAGACGUCGUGCUGCUGCUGUGGGCUCUAGAGAUAUAAAUGUUCAGAAUGAAUUGUCUGUAGCCUCUAAUACUCUCGGUCAAGGUUCAGGGCACCCCAAGUACCACAUGGAAGGAGAGGAAGAGUAUGAUGAGCAAAACGUCACAAGGGCUCCUGGAAAUGGAUGUGGUAUUCCGUGGAAUUGGUCAAGAAUUCAUCACAGAGGCAAAACAUUUCUUGACAUGGCUGGAAGGAGUUUUUCCUGUGGUUUGUCCGAUUCAAGAUUAAAGAAAGGGGGUCCUUCUGGCCAUGGGAGAGAUAUUGCUGAGAUGCCCGUGGCAUCGGUGAACUCAAGCUCGUCUUCUAAGUCAAAUGCUGAGGCAUUGCCUCUAUUAGUUGAUGCAUCUGGAUCACAGGAAAGCACUGAAAAUGGUGGGUGGGUGCGUCGCUAUUCUGGUGAACUUGGUAUUUAUGCUGAUAAUUUAUUUAAGCAUGAUGUUGAUUCUGACCUUGCUUCUGAAGCUAGAUCAGGUGAGCAACGUAAGUUGAGAGGGCGGUCUCGAAGUAGGCAUCAAAACCUGACACAAAAGUACAUGCCAAGAACCUUCAGAGAUCUGGUGGGGCAGAAUUUGGUGGCUCAAGCUCUCUCAAAUGCUGUCAUAAGAAAGAAAGUAGGAUUUCUUUAUGUCUUUUAUGGUCCGCAUGGCACCGGGAAAACUUCAUGUGCUCGAAUAUUUGCUAGAGCUUUAAAUUGCCAGUCUCUGGAACACCCUAAACCUUGCGGGUUUUGCAAUUCUUGCAUAGCCCAUGAUAUGGGAAAGAGCAGAAAUAUAAGGGAAGUUGGCCCUGUAAGUAAUUUCGACUUUGAGAGAAUUAUGGACCUACUUGACAAUAUGAUUAUUUCCCAGCUUCCAUCACAUUACAGAGUAUUCAUAUUUGAUGACUGCGAUACGUUAUCCCCUGAAUGUUGGAGCGCCAUAUCAAAGGUUAUUGAUCGAGCACCUAGACGAGUGGUUUUUGUCCUCGUCUGUUCGAGCCUUGAAGUUUUGCCUCACAUAAUCAUAUCUAGGUGCCAAAAGUUCUUUUUCCCAAAGCUAAAGGAUGCAGAUAUCAUUUACACUUUGCAGUGGAUUGCCACCAAAGAAGAUUUAGAAAUUGAUAAGGAUGCUCUAAAACUUAUUGCAUCAAGAUCAGAUGGUUCAUUAAGAGAUGCUGAGAUGACUCUUGAGCAACUGAGUUUGCUUGGUCAGAGAAUCUCUGUUCCAUUGGUUCAGGAACUGGUAUGA